CAACCCUUAGAUUUUCGGAGUGAAAUAUAAUAGUUCGAGUGAGUCGGUAAUUAUUUCGGAGCACGAAAAAAAAUUUGGAUCGAGGUGUUUUUAUUUUGGAGCUAAGGAGUUAUAUUUUUUAUUCGAUACUAAUUAUUUUGGAGGACUACAAGAGGUUAGUACGUUUAAUUUUUCAUUUAUUGCUUUAAAUAAUUUUAGUGUUAGUAAAUAUUAGAAAUGCAUAUAUAAAUUUAAUUAUAAUGUAGGAAAAUGUUAGAUUUUAAUUAUAAUUUAGAAUGCAUGUAGAAAUUUACUUAUAAUGUAGAAAAUUAUUAUUAGCUAUUAAUUAUAAUUUAGAAAUAUAUGUGUAAUAUAAAAAAAUUAGAUAAUAUUUAUAAUUGUUUUAAUUAUUAUUAUUGUUGUUGUUAAAAAUUAUUGUAGUUUAUAAAAAUAUUGUUAAUUGUUAAAAAAAUUAGGCCUCAAUAUUAGGAUAUGUUUAAUUUAGUUUUAUUUGAAAAAAAUAUUAGAAAUAAAGUAAUGGUAAUUACGAUUGAUAUGUUAACGCUAUAAGUUUAAGAUUUGCAUUUUAAAUAUAACGGUGUCAAAAUUUGCUGUUUAUUAAUUAGAAAUGACGAGUCCAAAUAUAUCUUUGUUGAUAUGGUGUGAUGGCCGUAUUGUGAGUUCUCCGUGUGGAAUAGAAUACCACGGGGGUCGUCCGGUUAAUAUGGCGCUUAGCGAGAGAAUGAGUUUCGAAGAAUUACAAAAUAUUUGUAGAAGAGCAGUUUCUACCGACGGGGAAGUAGAAAUUUCAAAAAUCUACUUCCGGCUUCCAAGAAUAGUUGGGGGUGCGAUACGCUCGUACUCGUUGUUUUCCGUGGAGAAUAACGAGCAUGUGUUUGGAAUUUUGAACGAGGUCGUGUGGUAUCCGCAACUCGAGAUUUUGGAAUUGUACGUGGAAUACGAGGCCGUGGUUCGCAACAAGACUUUACUAGAUCAGUUGGUCUUAUGUGAUUCAAGCGGGUCUGAGAGGGGUAGUGGUGAAGAGGAAGAAGAGGAAGAAGAGGAUUUCUACGACAGCAACGAAGAGGAUGUCGAGGAAGACUUAGGAGCAGAUUCACAAUAUGAGUCGCAACUUCCUGAGCAUGUAAGAACGGCGGAUCUUUGCGACUUUGACGUCGCCCCGGAGGAUGAUGAAAAGAUUAUGUGGGAUCCUGGGAUGGAAUUCCGAGUAGGGAUGGUAUUCCCAAAUCGCGAUGCCGUCCGAGCUUGUGGGACUACUUAUUCGGUCGGGGUGGGAAGAGAGUUCAAGGGUCGCCGGACUACCAACUCGACAAUAGUGUUGGCUUGCAGGCAGAACCCUGUAUGUAAAUGGUGGCUGCGCGCUACACUUCUGCAAGCAACUCAGACGUGGACGUUGACAAAAUAUAUUGGCCCGCACACGUGCAAUCAGCUGUUACCUGAUCCAAACCAUCGGAAUUUUGGGUCUGUUGCAAUCGCAGACUAUAUCAAGGGUCAAGUAAAGCUGCAACGUGAUAUACGGAUCGAUACCCUCAGAGCUGGAAUUUGGCAACAACUUGGAGUUAGGCCUCCGUAUAAACGAACCUGGAAUGCAAAGGAAAAGGCAAUAGCUGAUGUUUACGGUGGCUGGUAUGAAUCAUUUGCUAUGGCUGAACGUCGGGACUACUACACUCCUGGGCCGUUGGUGCCAGACGUUCUGACAAUGCAGGACGAUCACAGAUCCUCGGUUAUUUGGGAUAACCAGGGCGACGAGUCUUCCUUAGGGUCACGUUCGAGCGCCAGACUUACUCCAUUUCACGAGCUAGAUUCUCGCAUCAGGAAUGGGAUUAUUCAGACUGGCAUGUCUGGUUUUCUAGCGAUGCGCCAGUUUCCAGUUGACUUGUGCCUUAUCACAGCUCUUGUGGAGAGGUGGAGACCAGAGACACACACGUUUUGGUUUCCAGAGGGCGAGUGUACUAUCACGCUGCAGGACGUGGCCAUCCUGACAGGGCUCCCAGUGGAUGGGACGCCCGUUACCGGACCUCGUAUACGGGAUUGGAACACGGUGUCUGUUCCUCUUUUAGGGAGGCAGUUAGAGGUCAGCCGUCCCCGUAAACCGGGGUCCUCGUGGGUCAGUGGUGCUUGGUUGUCAGCCCAGUUUGGAGGUUGGACGGUUUUGCCUGCGGGUGCUACAGAGGAUCAGGUCGACCAGGCGGUUCGAGGCUACCUUUGGGCUGCUUUACAGGGUCUGUGCUUUCCGGACUUGAACAGUGGCCACGUGGGCGUGAGGAUUCUUCCGCAUCUGGCGGAUUUAGGCCACUUGCGCGAUAUUAGCUGGGGAUCGGCUGUUCUGGCGUAUUUGUACCACGAGCUAUGCCUCUGCGCCUCUGCUUCGGCGGACAGACAGAACAUCGGGGGCGCCGUGUGGAUUCUACAGCUCUGGGCUUACGAGCGACUUAGGCCAUUGCGACCCCGUUUGGCCGACUUUACCGUCACGGGGGGAUUGCCUUUGGGUGACAGAUGGGCGGGUCCCAGACAGCGGGAGCGGGGGACACCACGAGUUCCCAGACACUCAGUUUCUCACUUCAGACUGUUAUUGGACGGGCUGCGUUACGACGAUAUCGUUUGGCAGCCAUACUCCGACGACGUUCUCCAGUCCAUCCCACAAAUGUACCUGACAGGGCGACAUAUUUGGCGUGCCCGAGUGCCAAUGAUCUACUAUCACAUCGUGGAGUGGCACCAGCCGGAUAGGGUUCUGCAGCAGUUCGGCUUACAGCAGCCCAUUCCCCUGCCUGCUAUGCAAGAUCGGCGCCUUCAUAACAUCCAGUAUCAGGGGAACUACAACUUUGAUGAACUGCUCUCAGAUUACAUUCAGAUUUGGAACAACAGAGCGGCUUACGUUGUUCAGGGUUACCAGCUCCAGCGUCCACCUCACUACCAUUCAGCGUAUAUGGAGUGGUUUCGGAGCCGCAGCCGGCGUUGGAUUACCCAUGAGGGCGCAGCGGCCGGACAGAGUCGCGACACUUUCGAGAUGAUCGCCCUUCAGAGAGAGGCGCGUGCGUCUAGGAUUGGGACUGCUGCACGCAGUUCUCAAUUAGCUUACGGAGAGGAGCGCCGUGACGUCACACUGCCCCCACCAGAGCCAGCAGUUCCGGCUUACGUACUACCUCCUCUCCCUCCCCUGACCAUCGAUCUGGCUCACAUCAGGGGAGCGCGUAGACGGCAGCCUAGAGCCGCCCCGCCUCGCGAGCGCCCGGCAGACCCUAUCCCCCCACCGGUCUACUUCCACUUCGAUCCUACAGCCACUACAGACAGACGGGGGGAGUACUAUGGCCCGACUCAGUACUACGGUUCCACUUCCACUUCAGCAUCACAGCCUCCGUGGCAUCAGACCUAUUUCCCACAGGGACCCCAGGUAUCAUCGUAUCAGGUCCCGCCUUCGUCGAUGCCGUUUUUUGAGCCGUCGUACGGACAGACAGCAUACACCACUUCUCUGGGCACACCACCGGCGUCUCAGUUCCAGCAGGCCACACCACCGGCGUCUCAGUUCCGGCAGACCACACCACCGGCGUCUCCGUUUCAGCAGACCACACCACCGGCGUCUCAGUUCCAGCAGGCCACACCACCGCCGUUUGCUGCAUCAGAUCAGUAUUACCGUCCAGCGCCAUAUACAGAUGCUCAACCGUUCACGUCUUUCGAUCAGUGUUACCGUCCCACGAUGCCUUCGGAUGAUCAGCCGUCGACGUCACAUUCGCGGCCAUCUUCUUCUCACCAGGCCCAAGAUCCAUCACAGCUACAUUUUACACUAUCAGAGUCAUGGUUAUUCGGUCCGGAGAUCGGUUCAGAGGCGUACGAGGAGCUUUUAUCACGACCGGAUCUCACACCUCCAUCUUUUAGACUUCUACCGCCCACACAGGAGGAGACCGGUACUGCACCACCAGCAGCAGACGUUCAGCAUUCAGCUCAGGACGAGGAGGCCUCCGACAGCAGCGAGAGCCCUCCGGUACCCAGACAGUUUCACUCGAUCACAGACAGCUCGCGGCACCGACGAGAGACUCACGGUUUGAGGGUACAGAGACCGAGGACUCGUAGAUAUGAGGAUUAGAUUUCAUAUUUUUCUUUAUUUAUCGAUUUUUGUAUUUUAGUAUAUGUUGUAUGUUUACUAUAUUAUGUAUAUUAUAUUCGUGUGUUAUAAUUGUUAUUUUGUUA